ACAUCUGUUCACGUUAGAUUAUAACGUACGAAAUAUCUUAUAACAUCGAUAACUGGCUGCCGUUGAUCAGGCAAAUUUUAACAAAAUGUUAUUUUUCAUGUUGCUGAUUGCUGCAAUGCCGAUACUUAUCGCGAAUCAAGAAUUACCUCUCCCACUACCUCUUCCAAUACCUCUGGGUCAUAUCAGUCCAAUGUUACGUGCAAUUCAAUGGGGAGUCCAGGCUCAUGAACAAUUCAAUGAAGAGGAAAGUGAAAUUCCAACCCGUGAAUCUGGAAUGAGUUACCAACCUGCACUAUUCGAAGAAUGCAUGGGAAACUGCGGCUCAGCAGCUGUUUAUAAUGAUUUGAAAGACAUUUUUUGGUUUAUCACUAGAGCAGUCAAAUUGAUUUAA